AUGAUCAACAAGAACGCCAUCGCUGCGCAAAUGAAUAGUCUGAAAAAGAAGGAAUACGUCAACGGACUGGAGAAUAAAGUCGGGUCUCUGUUGUCAGAAAACCACGUCCUUAAACAGGUAAACGUCCAAUUGAAUAAGAGGUUGGAAGAUGAGAUGAGGUACCUGAGAGCAGUGUUGGCCAACGAGAGUAUGUUAGCCCAGCUGUUGUCAAGGCUGAGCUGGGUGAACGGCAUGAAAUUAUCUUCCACGAUUAUGCCUUGCCCAGCAAACAUGUGAAGAUGGAGAAGGAGACCUCUGGUGACGUCUGUCUGCACGUGGACAAGAACCACGUCUCAGUGGAGUUCUGCACGAAGUGUGCAGAGAGUGCAAGCGCAUCAUUCAAAAUGUAGGGUCAAGUACGUUUAUCUGUUUUCAGAUGUUGAGACUGAACCUGAUUUAACUUCAGAGUAAAAUAUAUCAAGGGAAUUUAUGAACACUUAAAACUGUUUUGAGAUCAUUACUUAAGAAGUGUUGAAUUAGCAUGUGUGAAAAUUUUUAUGAAACCAAUGAUAUAAGAACAUGUUACUCGUUAAACCUUGUUGCCAGUUUUCUUCUAGGUGGUGAUUGUUCUACCAUGCUGGAUGACUGGGUUACAGAACGUCCCUGUCUGCUUGGCUCCAUG